AUGGAACCUGCCCUGGCCGCCGCCCCGGCGCCUGCUGCAGUGCCGAUGCCUUCUUUGUCCACCUCCAACUCUGAUACUCGUCCUGAUACUACUGCAUCUCCUGUCGACGUUCCAUCUGCCUCGGCUUCUACAGACCCUGACGACAUAUCUCGCCGGUCCUCUUCAACAUCGGACCACCCUCUUCGAAGUCUGCCCGAAGCCUCCCCUAGGAACGCGGCCGCGCAUUCUCGCUCCCAGACGGUCGACUACAGCUCUUCCGCCUCCGGCCCUGCUGCUCCCGCGUCCGCUUCCGUCACCUCUCCGACCGGGCCGCCCAUCAAGCGCAAACCUCUCUCGUCGUCGGCUUCCGCACUGGCACUCCGAUUCUCCUCCUCCGGAUCGCCACUCCCCUCGCCGCUGCAGCUCCCAAAGCCAGACCAGAGGUUCGCCAGGCCCGAUUCCGUCGACAGUCCUACGCUGUACGAAUUCUCUCCCGCAGCCCGUGCCUCGCCACCGGCUGGUCAACCCUCCGACAAAAGUCUGGCGACCCUAAGCGCGACUCCCGUUGGGUCGCAGAACAUUCCAGGCCACAGCCCUACCGCCUCGCACUCUGACUUCUCUGACGUCCUGGAUGGAUAUGAUGAUCUGAUCUCAGACUUCAAGUCAGACUCUGCGCCAGACGUUACCCCCGAGACCGUGCUCGACGGGAGCGACACCGACGACGACACCAGUGACGAAGAGGCCGAGAUCGCAAAGGUUGCAACCGUCGCAAAGGUCACAAAAGUCGAUUCCAGUGACAAAGAAACUGUCGUUGGUCCUAGCGCUGUCAGAGCAGUCGAUCACGUUGAUGAAACAGACGUCAACGUCAAAGAAACUGGCUCAAUCGCUUCCGAAACUCCUAAAUCCAAACCCGCCCCUGCGCCCAUGUAUGCCCCAAAGCCGACACCUCCUCAUCUGAAACUUGACAAGGUCGCAAUCGACGUCGCCAAUUACGAUACACCACCUGACGGGGCACAAACACCACCUUCUGUUCAGACCACGCCGUCGCCUCAGUUGAACAAACCCUUGCCCAAGUCGCCCGGCCAAACCUCCCCGUUCGCUGCCCUCUUUAGCUGGGCAGCGCCUUCACCAUCCGCCACGGAGUUCUCAUCUAUAUCGUCGCCCAUUUCGCCUGGGAGGAACGGCGGAGCAAAUGACUCCCCCUAUUCAACGUCUUCAACUUCUGCGCAAAUCGACGAAAUGGAAGAAGAACUCAAGGCCAUCAGCGUCGAGCUAGCAAGCUCUAUCCGGCGCGAGAUGGACCUGGAAGAUUUGGUGGACCGACUUCAAGAUCAAAUCAACAACUCUCAAACCCCUGGCAAGAGGACCAGCGACUACUACUCCGACUCGGGCUACAGUUCAGCCAAGACGAGCGACAGCGAACUAAGCCGAGACGAACUGGACAAGGUCCAUAGAAGAGCCGAACAAGAAAAGGCCUCAAUACGUUUAGAACUUACCAACAAACUACAAGAUGAGCGGGGGAGACGAAAAGCGCUGGAUCAGCAGAUCAAGGAGCUUGCCGAGAGGGCAUCGCAAGUUGAUCUGGCUCAAAUGAACAACAUGGAUGCCAGCGGGCGACUCAAGGACCUCGAGACAACUUGCGGCGAUCUUAGGAGGCGAUUGUCCGAGGAGCGCACAGUUAAGAACAACUUUGAGGACCUCAUCAACGCCAUCCGCGGGGAGCUCCAUGAAGCUUGCAGCGAGCGCGAUAAUCUCCGGGACGAGAUUGUUCCCCAGUUGAGGGCGCGCGUCGAGGGUCUCGAGGCAGAGGCUGCCGAGUACUCAAAUCUUACGUACGAGUCCUCCAAGAUGCAGCAGGAGCUUCAGAUGCUGAAGCGGGAGAAUGACACAUUGCGACAAGGCUCGAAAUCGGGUGCUUCGACACCUCCCCUCAAUCGCAUGUCCCGCGCCAUGUCUGGCGGCCUUGCGCGAUCAAACUCGGUCGCGACUAGUUCGUUCCGAGGACAGAGGCCAUCGGGUCUUUCGAGGUCCAAUAGCGUUAAGAAUGUGCAGGCGGAAUCUCGAGAAGCCCUCGCUGAACGACUAAAGGAUGUUGAGGCUCAGCGAGAUGCUCUUCACAGUGCCCUCAAGAGCCUCCUUGAGCGACAGGAGUUUCAAAACCGGGAGAAUGAGAAGAAGAUCCGCAUCUUGCAGCACGAGCGGGAGAGACUCAUGUCUACGUCACCGCGCAAGGCUGGUUUCGAGAGGGAAAUCUCCAAUUUGCGCACCGAGAUUAACGUACUCCGACGCCGCGCUGAGGAUGCCCUUGAGCAGAAGUAUCAGGUGGAGAAUGGCCUUGGUGGUUUGAAGAUGGAUCUCGAUAGAGCCGAGGAGGAAAUUGCCCUUCUGCGUGACCUUCUCAAGGAGAAGGAUAUUCUCAUUCCGGAAUCAUUCGCUCGUUCGAGUGGCUCUAGCACUUCCAGCGGCUCAUUUGCCAGCCCCAACGGACCUGUCACUUCAGAGUCCCUGGAGAAGGCCUACAAAGAAUUGCAGGCUGCGUAUGCCGACUCCCUGGAGCGCAUCAAGCAACUCGAGCACGACACGGCAAACGAUGAUAAGACCCAGCUCGCCAUGGAACGACUGGAGCGCACACUCUCCAUCGCCGUCUCCGAACGUGACGCUGCCAAGCAUGAGGUUGACGCUCUCAAGAACCAGUAUGAUGAGCUCAGCGCCAGCGAGGGCAAGGCCUUGGAGAGCGAGCGAGCCCUUGCCGAUGACCUCAACGAAUCCGCCCGUCGGGUGGAGGAGCUUGCUUCCCAGGUUCGGCAUCAACUCUCAUCAAACGCCCAGCUCCGAGAGCGUCUUGCCAAUGCCGUGACUCGAGGCGAGAACGAUCGCAAGGCCAAUUCGGACCGCAUCGCCGACUUGCAGGUGCGCCUCAGGACCAUGGAGGAACAGCUCAUUGCUGCGCAGACAGCGUCGGAGGAUCGGGUCAACCGUCAUGAGGAGGAGAUCACGGCGAUCCGUGAGGCUCACAACGCCCAUCUUCAGCGCAUGAGCAGCCCUACCCGCGGAGGCCUGCGCUCUCCUAGUUUCCAAUCGGGUCGCAAGCCUUCGCUCCUGAGCCCCCUCAGCGCGCGAUUCCCUGGCCCUGUUUCUCCACGAAUCACGGAUAAGUCCUUCGAGGAUGCUGCGCAGAUGGAGGUGCUCCGGGAGCGCGUGUCGGAACUCGAGAAGGCCCUCGAGGACGCUGAGCAUGAGAUGCAAGAUGUUGUUGCCAGGAUGAACACCGCUCAGAUCGAGGUCCUGAACCUCCAAGACGAGCGAGAGGCCGCGGUCCGCGAGACGCGGCGAUUACAGAAGCUCCUCGAGCAGGAGCAGAUGAAGUCUUUUGAGGAAAGAUUCAAGACGCUGAGUGGUUGA